AUGAUGGUGAAGAUGUCACCGUACGACAACGUUGUGGUUGAGAAAUUGAAGCUGAAGGGAAAAGCGUUGGACGUAAAAGCUUGUGGUGUUAAAAAGAAGAAGAAACGAGAUAAGAGAUACCAUAAUUUCUCACAAACUACUUCAGGUGAACAUAAUGAUGGAGUGAUGCAGACUGCUAAAGAUCUCAAAGGCAAAGAAAGAAACAUUGAAAUAUGGUCAAAAUUUGAAUCUGUGUCAUACACCUUUUCUUUAGGUAUGUCAAUGGAUCAUCAUGAAGAGAGCAUGAAUGAUGCAUCAUCUAAUGAUCAUCUUACUCCGGCUGAGAGGCGAUUUCUCCAUCAGACACGGAAACUUGAGCUUCAAAGGCUAGCAGAGAUGGCGACCAAGUCUCAUCGUGACAGGGUUCAUGAGUUCAAUCAGUAUCUGGCCAAUCUCAGUGAGCAUUAUGAUAUUCCCAAAGUUGGGCCUGGUUAA